AUGCAAACAAGGAGCAAGUCAGGCAUUUUCAAGCCGAAAACUUAUGCAGCAGUGCUCAAAGAGGCUGACAUUGACCUCUCCCAAUGCGUCCCUCAAACAGUUGAACAAGCACUGACCAGCGAGCAUUGGAAGCAGGCAAUGGAAGAAGAAUAUGAGGCCCUCACGAGGAAUCAGACUUGGACACUAGUGCCAAAGCCACCCCCAAGCACAGCCCCUACCAUUGGCAACAAGUGGGUCUUUCGAAUCAAGAAGCAUCCAAAUGGUACAAUUCAAAAGUACAAAGCAUGGCUUGUGGCAAAGGGAUCUCAUCAAAAAGAGGGAAUUAACUUUGAUCAGGUGUUCAGCCCAGUGGUCAGACCUCCCACUGUUAGAGUCAUGCUAAGUUUGGCAUUAGCAAAGGGAUGGAAGAUCCGACAGUUUGACUUCAACAACGCCUUCUUAAAUGGCGACCUCGAAGAAACUGUCUUCAUGACUCAACCAGAAGGCUUCAUCUCCACCCACACUCCUCACCAUGUUUGCAAGCUCCAAAGAUCAUUAUAUGGGCUAAAACAGGCCCCUAAAGCCUGGUGCACCAAGCUGAAACUCUCUCUCAACAAGUUUGGCUUCGACAACACCAGAUCAUACGUCACUCUUCACCAAAUUCACAUCUGCAUCAACGACUUAUAUUCUCGUAUAUGUAGAUGA